GGGGAGUACAAAUUAUAAUUUAAAUUUAAAAGAAAAACAAUAUUUGUGGAUACAAAGAUUGAUGGCCAAUGAAAGUUGCUAAACGGGCCAUUGGGGCCCACCAAAAAAAUCGAAAUGCUUGCUCGAGUCUAUCUAGAUUCACAAUCACAGCUCAUACAUGCCCUUUAGAUCUCUCGGCUGACGUGGCAUCUUGCUAUCUCUGGAAUUAAUAUCUAUAUCUUGCUUUUCCACUUUUCCCACCCUGCCUCUCCUAACCUUCCACGUCACCCCUUUUCAUAACCUGCGCCAGCUGCGCACGAUCUCCGCCCUCCAUUCCCAAUCUAGACGGCUGCCGUCACGCCAAAUCGGGCCGCUCAUUUUAGCACCCACCACUACCGGUUAGAAAAGAAAAAAGCGCCAUUAAAAUAUCUCUCUAUUCUCCUUUUUCGGUAUUUUAUUCUGAGCUUUUCGGCAGCAAGCGAAGGCAAAUUCACUGUCGCUCCAUUAAUAAGUGAUUUAUGUGCGAAGAAAUGGAUAUAGAAUUGUAGGUGCUGGAUAGGUACAGGUUUUGAUAGGUGGAGUGCUAAACUGCGCCGGAUUGGGGACGGUGCCGACGUGGCGGCUCGGGUGCCGUUGUAUUGGGGGUGCCUAUUUCAGCUGCUUGCGGAGCUGACCUUCCCUGUGAUGAAUUGAUGAUUGAUUGCCGUUUCUGGAGUGCGAGAAUUGUCAACUGGCUGAUGACUUGACGCCAUCAACGCAGCUGCCUAAUUGAUAAGUUUGUGGUGGAUUAUUGUGGUUAAGUGGAUUGGAUUAGAGUAGUUUUGAUUUUUAUCGGUUGGAGAGGUAUUUCGGGGUGUGAGGAUGGUCUAGUGCUGAUUGUUUUUGGGGGUCAAUUUCAAACCCUAGUUCGUGGUUGAGAUUAGUCUUGGAGGCUGAUAACUGAGAGAGCGAUGGAGAACAGUGAGAUGGGGAAGGCCGGGGAUGGGUUUAUUGAUCGGAGUAAAGUGAGGAUUUUGUUGUGUGAUAAUGAUGUGAGAAGUUCUGAGGAGGUUUUUACACUUUUGUGUAAAUGUUCCUAUCAAGUGACUGCUGUAAAGUCGCCAAGACAAGUGAUUGAUGCACUGAAUGCAGAGGGGCCUGAUAUAGAUAUUAUUCUUGCUGAGGUUGACCUUCCAAUGUCUAAAGGACUAAAAAUGUUAAAAUAUAUCACAAGGGACAAAGAGUUGCGACGAAUACCAGUGAUAAUGAUGUCAGCUCAAGAUGAGGUUCCUCUCGUUGUCAAGUGUCUCAAAUUUGGAGCAGCUGACUAUCUAGUGAAGCCAUUACGUACAAAUGAGCUGUUGAACUUGUGGACUCACAUGUGGAGAAGAAGGAGAAUGCUGGGACUUGUGGAGAAGAACAUCAUAAGUUAUGAUUUUGAUCUGGUGGUGUCAGACCACAGUGAUGAUGCUAACACCAAUAGCACUACCUUAUUUUCGGAUGACACAGACGACAAGUCUCGAAAGAGUACUAACCCAGAGAUGUGUAUCUCAACUCACCAAGAAGAUGAGACAGCUACCACCACAGCUGCUCCUAUAGCUACUGUAGAUGAGACUCAACGGGAGUGUAAGCCUGACGUGCCAGGAAUAAGUGACAGGCGUACAUUUGAAAUGAGGAUAGGACAAAUUUUACCGUUUUUAAAGAAGAGCGAAUUGAAGAUAGGUGAAUCUUCUGCUUUUUUCACCUAUGUCAAAGCCAGCACAUCCAAAAAUAUCAACCAUGGGUUUUCUUCUGUUCCUGAAAGUACAGCUCAACAUGUGAGCUUCGUGGAGAAUCACAUACUGAAUGGUGACGUGGGUUCGAGCAUCCAAGGAGAAAAAGCUCAAGAGACCCUGGAAAACCCUUCACCACCAGAUGAACAACCAAGCAGUAAUAGUGCUCCUGAAUCGUUUGUUAUGGACAGGUCAUGCACUCCUCCUAUAUCAGUUGACAUAUCUCAACAGAGGAACUCAAAGGAGUUCUCUCAGGAGCAUAUGCAUUUAGGAAAUGAUUCUCCUAAUGAUGUGACUGGUUGUUAUAACCAUACCCCUUAUCCUUAUUACGUGUCUGGAGUAAUGAAUCAAGUGCCGAUGUCAUCAGCAUCUAUGUAUCCCAAGAACCUACCCGACAACCAUGCUAAUUCUGCUUUAAUUCCUCAAUACAAUCAUGCUCCACAAUGUCCUCCUCACAUCCCAGGAAUGGCAUCUUAUCCUUACUACCCGUUUGGCAUAUGCCUACAACCAGGUCAAAUGCCUAGUCCACAUCCAUGGCCAUCAUUUGGAAAUUCUACGUUCAGUGAAGUGAAGUUAAGUAAAGUCGACCGUAGAGAGGCAGCACUGCUGAAGUUUAGGCAAAAACGGAAGGAAAGGUGCUUUGACAAGAAGAUCAGGUACGUGAAUAGGAAAAAACUAGCAGAACGUAGACCUCGUCUAAGGGGCCAGUUUGUGAGGAAGGUAAAUGGUGUUAACGUGGAUCUUAAUGGCCAACCUGCUCUAACCGAAGAUGAUGAGGAAGAAGAGGAAGAGUAUGAUGAGGAAGAUCAAACUGUUACUAUGGAACUUUCACAUGAGGAUGGUGCUUCCAUGUGCCAAUAAAUAUCCUUACCCAAUGAAGAAACAGAAAGCAUGUGGCCUGUGGGUCUUGUUGAUUAGUACAGAUAACAUGUGGCAGUUCCUCUCUGAUAAUCACUAGAUGAUUUUGCAUUCAUCUUUGAGAUCAGCCAGAUGUGAUCAUAAAAGAUAAAUAUCUCAGGAUAUGAAGGUAGGAGUACAUGGAGCUAUUCUUGGAGACUCUCAUUGGGGCCGGACCGAGGAGACGAUUUGUGGAUUUCAGCAAGUUCUCUAAGUAUCUCAUUGGCUUCUCAAGAUUGAUAUCCCAAAGAGGAAAAAGGUAAAGUUAGAUAUAUGGAUUAAUUUCCAUCUGUGACACCUGCGAGACUGCUUAUGUUUUAGCUGAAACUAUAGUCAUCCUACGCACUGUGCAUGAUAUGAUCCUUUUCUGAAGGGCUAAGGGUGUCUUGACUAUGACAAUCUAUGCCUUCUCUUUUACAUGACUUGUGUCUAAAUAGUACAAAAUAUGUGUUGUAUUCGUUUUCUAUAUAUGCUUUGUUGUGGUUGUUA